UUUGAAUCCAAUAAAAGAAUUACGAAACACACGGAUGAAUUUUAAAAGGUGGGGAUUUGCAUGAGUGAUACUAUAUGUAUACUUUAAAUAAUCGUACAGUAGACAGUUAGGCUGACGAGGCCAACACGCGACCAUCAAUAAUAUACAUAUCAAAUUUACGUCACACGUUGAAUGAUCAAUAAUGGGUACAAAGUUUGCGGUGACUCUUUUUUUUAUUGCAAGCGGUUUGUGUUUUUUAUUCACUGUAGCAUCAUCACCACCAAUUGUAAACAUUAAAAAUGGUACAAUUGAAGGCACAGAAAUUACAACCGACAGUGGAAGAAAUAUAUUUUCAUUUCAAGGUAUUCCAUAUGCACUUCCACCAAUUGGAAAAUUACGUUUUGAGGUACCACAACCAGCUAAUGCAUGGACAAAUGUCCUUAUCGCAAAUAAAGAUGCAGAAGUAUGUAUUCAACGUGAUUUUAUAUUGAGCAGAGAUAUUAUUGGUUCAGAAAAUUGUCUUUAUCUAAAUGUUUACACUCCAAAAUUGCCGAAUUCACAAAAUCAAGAUGUUGAUGAAAAAUAUCCAGUUAUGUUUUGGAUACAUGGAGGAGCAUUUAUUCAGGGAUCAAGCGAUUCAAAUAUUUAUGGACCUGGUUAUCUUCUUGACUACAAUACUGUACUUGUUACCAUCAAUUACAGACUUGGACCAAUGGGUUUUUUAAGUACCGAAGAUACAAUUUUACCUGGUAAUUUAGGAAUGAAAGACCAAGUCCAAGCAUUGAGAUGGGUCAAUGAGAAUAUUGAUAAAUUUGGUGGUGAUCCAAAUUGUGUCACAAUAUUUGGUGAAAGUGCUGGUGGAGUUUCUACUCAUUAUCACAUGAUAAGUCCUCUUUCUAAAGGACUAUUUCAUCGAGCAAUAUCACAAAGUGGAACAAUUCAUUCUUCAUGGACAUUAUAUAGACCUGGAUCGGCAAAAAAACAUGCUAAACGUUUAGGUGAAAUGAUGAAUUGUCCAACUAAUAAUUCAGUGGAGUUUGUUGAUUGCAUGCGUAACAUUGAUGCAAAAAACAUUAUUGAAACUGAUGAUAAUUUUAAGGUUCUCGGAAUCGAUCCUUUGAUCACAUUUAAACUAUCAAUUGAGCCUGAUCAUUCAGGUGCUUUUUUAACAAAAGAACCAACUGAAUUAAUUGAAAAAGGUCAAAUAAAUGAUGUUCCUUGGUUAACUGGAUUGAAUUCUCACGAAGGUUCACUCAGAGUAAUGACUUUAUUUAGCAAUGAUGAAAGGGACUCGUUAACUAAGCUCAAUGAAAAUGGACAGGACAAAAUGUAUUCCGAUGCAUGGUUUAAUGUUGGAACUUGUGAAUCAGUUAAAACUCAUUAUAAAAAAUUUUCAAGUCCAGUAUAUUUUUAUCAUUUUGCAUACAGAGGAAGAUACUCUGUCUCAAAUGUAUAUGAUAUUUUUGGAGAAUAUGGAGUUAGUCAUGCAGAUGAACUUCAAUAUUUAUUUUCAUUUAAUAUAAGAUUUUUUUUUGAUCUUAUAAAACUUCCUGUAGCCACUGAAGAUUUAAAUGUUGCUCAUUUUAUGACAAAUUUGUGGUAUAACUUUGCAAAAACUGGAAAUCCUACACCAGAAAUAACAGAAAAAAUACCAGUUAAAUGGCUACCAGUACAAAGUGAAGAACUUGAAUAUUUUGAUAUUAAAAGUUCAACAAGUUUCGAAAUGUUAAAAAAUUUUCAAAGUGAUAGAAUUGCAUUUUGGAAUAGCAUUCCUCAUCGUGCAAAUAUUGUUCCAUUUUUAAAUGAUGCCAAAGAUGAAUUAGUAACGAUUAAAAAUGGAACACUCCAAGGAUCAAUAAUAACAACAAGAAAUGGAAGACAAAUAUUUGCCUUUCAAGGUAUACCAUAUGCACGUCCACCAAUUGGUGAUUUACGUUUUGAGCUACCACAACCAGCUGAUUCAUGGAAAGAUGUAUAUAUUGCUCAAAAAGAUGCAGACAUUUGUGUUCAAAAAGACAUUUUUGAUAAUGGAAAAAUGAGUGGAUCAGAGGACUGUCUUUAUAUAAAUGUGUAUACUCCAAAAUUGAUGAUCGAUAAAAAUGAAAAUGAACUUUACCCAGUGAUGGUCUGGUACCAUGGUGGCGGAUUUUACUGUGGCUCUGGUUACUCAAAACUUUAUGGUCCAAAAUAUCUUCUUGAUCAUAAUGUUGUCCUGAUUAGGACCAUUGGUUUUCUCAGUACUGAAGAUAUGAUACUACCUGGUAAUUUAGGAUUGAAAGAUCAAGUACAAGCAUUAAGAUGGGUCAAUGAAAAUAUUGCAGCAUUUGGUGGUGAUCCAAAUAGUGUUACAAUAUUUGGAGAAAGUGCUGGUGGUGCUAGUGCUCAUUAUCACAUGAUAAGUCCUAUGUCAAAAGGACUUUUUCAUCGUGCAAUAUCACAAAGUGGAACUAUUCAUUGUCCAUGGGCUUUACAUCAACCAGGUCAAGCCAAAGAAAAAGCUAUACGUUUAGGUAGCUUGUUAAAUUGUCCAACAACCAAUUCAAUUGAACUUGUUAAUUGUUUAAGAAAAAUAAAUGCAAUUGAUAUUAUUGAAAUGCAAGAAAAAAUGUCAAUAUGGUCAAUUGAUCCAGUCAUUCCAUUUAGACCAGUUAUUGAGCCAAAUCAUCCAAGUGCAUUUUUAAAAGAGGAUCCAAAUGAGUCAUUGGAAAAUGGAAAUAUCAAUGAUGUACCUUGGCUUACUGGAAUUAAUGCACACGAAGGUGCAAUAAGAGCUAUACAUUAUUUUCAUAAUAAUAAAAAAGAUUUUAUUUCUGAAUUAAAUGAAAAAUGGUCUGAACUUGCACCAAUGAUUUUACUCUAUGAACAUACUUGUCCAAAAAAUUUACAAGCCAAAGUAACAAGUAAAAUUCGUGAAUUUUAUUUUGGUAAUAAAAUUAUCAAUGAAAAUUCUAAAUCUGAUUUGAUAAAUAUGUAUACUGAUGGUUGGUUUGGAGUACCAGCUUCCAGAUCUAUCAAGACACAUCUUAAAAAAUUUUCUAAUCCUGUUUAUUUUUAUUAUUUUUCAUACAAAGGAAGGUACUCUGUAUCAAAUAUAUAUACUUUAUUUCAAGAUUAUGGAGUCUGUCAUGGUGAUGAACUUCAGUAUAUAUUUCCAAUUGAUAUAAAAUUUUUCUUUGAAUUAUUUGGAUUACCAAUAAGCACAGAAGAUAAUAAUAUGAUUGAUAUUAUGACUCAGCUAUGGUACAACUUUGCAAAAACUGGAAAUCCAACACCUGAUGUUACAAAGGAAAAUCCAGUAAAAUGGCUAUCAGUACAAACUGAUAAAUUAGAGUAUCUUGAAAUUAAAAAUUCAAUGGAUAUAAAAAUGUCAGAAAAUCUUAAUAAAGAAAGAAUGACAUUCUGGGAUAACACAUUGUAUCAAAUGAAUUUUAAUCAAUCCUAUGAUCACAUAGACUCUGAAGAUAUCAAAGAUGAAUUAUAAAUUAUAAUUUAUAAUGCAUAUUUAUAUAUAUUUUUUUACAUUUUAAUUUAUGUACCUAAUUGUAUUC